UGUUUUUUCAAAAUAGUACAUAUGACAAGAACAGAUUUGCAAACAAUGGGAAAAAUUAGGGGAAUAGCAUACUUUUAUCGGGGCAGAAUACAUGCUAAGAGUAACGAAAAAAACAGAAAACAAAACACAUGCACACGUUAUAUAAAGGAAACAGCAGUCCCCCCUAAUCAAGAACAGAAACUUGGAAACUCGAGCCUGUUAUGUUUUCGGUUCCUUCUGACAACUGAUCAUCUUCACCCUCUCUUCCAAUCUUAGAACUAAAUCUCUCUCUCUCACUCUCUCUCUCUCUCCCCCUCCUUCUUGGUGUUUCAAAUGGAAUCAAGUACACAAUUUUCUAAGACCAAGAUAUGAACUCCACACGUGGGACCCAUAACACUGCCACUCCCCGCCGCCGGCGGAGGAACACCACCGGCUCCGUUCGACGGAAGCUCAAAAUCCCGCCAACCCCUUUUUUGCAUUGGAAGUUUCUUCAAGAUGAUAACAAGAGCAGACACCCCGCUGCCUCCGGCAGUGUUGCCAGCGGAGUGAAGGCGGCCGGACAGGGAGGUGUUGGUGUUGGUGUUGGUGUUGGUGUUGGUGGUAGGGCUGCAGUGUCGGCUAGGAAGCUGGCGGCUGGGCUGUGGAACCUAUGCUUGGCGGGUGGUGGUGGAGGUGACAAAACUUUGAACUUGAAAUAUGGGAAAACUGAUGAAUUGGGGUUAGAGAUUGAAUCCCCGUUACUGUAUUCUAAGCAUAUCAUGGAGGGUGCAAUGAAGUGGGAACCGAGAUGCUCAAGAAAAUUCAGUGACAUCUGCAGCUUUUAUAGCCACACAAAACUUCUUGAAAAUCAGGUUGCUAUGGUGUCUGCUUCUGCCAUGCAAGAAGAACUAGUGCAAGCUCGAUUGCGCAUUCAUGAGCUUGAAGCUGAGUGCCAGUCUUAUAAGAAGAAAGUCAAACACUUACAGAAGAAGCUGGGAGAAGAAAGAACCUCAUGGCAGAGCAGCGAACGUCAGAAAAUUCAUGCAGUUAUAGAUGAUUGUGAAAAUCAAAUAAGCAGGGAAAGAAAAAAACGUCAAAAGCUGGAACUUCUCAAUUAUAAAUUGGUCAAUGAUUUAUCAAAUGUCAAAUCCUCUGCAAAGCAGUUCAGGGAAGAUUAUGAAGAGGAACAAAAGGCCAGAGAAAUAAUGGAGGAAGUUUGCAAUGAACUUGCCUAUAAAGUUGCGGAAGAUAAAGCUGAAGUUGAAACAUUCAAGACUGAGUCCAUCAGGAUUCAGGAAGAAAUGGAAGAAGAGAGGAAGAUGUUGCAGAUGGCUGAGGUAUGGCGUGAAGAACGUGUCCAAAUGAAGUUGAUUGAUGCAAAACUGGCCCUUGAAGACAAGGAUUGCCAAAUGAAUAAAUUAAUAACAGACCUUGAAACUUUUCUAAGGUCAAGAAGUGGCACCUUGGAUGUGAAUGAGUUAAAGAAAGCCGAGUUGAUCAGACAAGCAGCAAAAUUGGUAAAUGUUAAAGACAUCAAGGAAUUUUCUUAUGCCCCACCAAAAUUAAGUGAUAUAUACUCUAUUUAUGAAGAACUCAAGCAAAUUGAAGACAAUGAAAGGGAGAUUGAAGAAUGCAAGAAGAGCAGCCCUGCAAGCAAUGCUUCCAAACUCCAUCUUGCCAGUUCUGAUUUGAAUGCCUAUAACUACCAUUCUUUGCAGCAAGGGUCGACUAUUAUUAAUGAUGAUAACCGUCAUUUAGAAGAAGAUGCAAGAGGCUAUGAUGCAGUGAGUCAUGCUGAGGGUCAAGGUUCGAGUUAUUCCCAAGAAGGGAAUCAACUCUCUGUUAGCAGGCUUAGCCAAAGCAAAAAUGCUUGGCAGAUUGCAAGAGAAUGUGAUGAGAAUGAAGCUCAGAAUUCUCCAAACACACAAAGUGGUGGUGUCUACUCGGUAUCAGGAGAAUCAAUGCACAAGGCAUCUUCCAUAUCUAAGCUUUCAAGAUCUGCCCAAUGUAACAACAAAUGCUAUGAGAUAACAGCAGAUGACAGUGAUGGAGUGGCCUUGAAUGGAAAAUUUUCUAACAAGGAGACUUCUCCCAGAAGAAAGUCGUGGGAAGGUAUGCUUCGGCACCAAGAUUCCAUGGAGCAGUGGAGCUCGCCAGAGUCAGUGAAUCCACACGUUACUCAAGGAAUAAAAAAGCGAUUUAAAUGGUCCCGAGGCAUCCAAAAGAAUAGUUUGAAGGCCAAGCUUUUGGAAGCCAGGAUGGAAAGCCAGAAAGCUCAGUUGCGCAGUGUUCUUAAACAAAAGACUUAGGUGAAGUAACUUCCCAAAAUUCUGCCGUUUGAGCAGUUCUAACCAGAAGAACAAUGUGGCCGUGUGCCCAAAAGCCUCGUUAAUGCUGGAGUUUAGGGGAGAAAAUUGUAAACCUCAAGUAAACAGACAUCUAUCGAUCGACCUUCUUGCAUGCUUGUUUCAUCGAUCAUUAUCAGCCCUGGUAAUGUAUUCUCUGCAUCUCUUGCCAAAUUACAAA